AUGAAGCACUCGCCCCUGGCUACGCACACGCUGCCCAACCCCAAGACGAGGCGCCGGUCGACCACGCACCCCGACCCGCACUCGCCUCGCGCGGGCAGCCCGCCCCUCACCCUGCAGCAGGUGGCCGAGUACCUCGCCAGGGUGACCAGCCAGGGCGCCAGCCAGGGCGUAGGCCAGACCCGCCAGACAGGCCCGACCCGGUCCAAGCACAGGAGCAGAAGUCCCAAAUCUUUCGCCGCAUUGACGCCAAGUACCGUCAAUGCCCCACCCUCCGCCGGGCCCACGCCCGGCACCACCCCCGGCCCCGCGGGGCUGGGCUCGCUGCUUUCGUCCGCAGCGCUUAGCUACUCCGCCGGCUACCUGCAGGACUAUUCGCCCGCAGUGCCGGCGCCUCUCGCCAGCUACUCUCCUCCCCCGGAGUACAGCGAGUACUCCCCCACGCUGCCGUGCCCCUCCGAGUACCAGGAGCCCGUCAUCGACCCCCCGCCACUGCCGCCACCCAACUUCCAGAGGUCCAGCGGCCUCGGCGGGGGGCUCGACCUGGAGCCGGAUCCGGACUCGGACAGCCCCGAGCUCGAGUUCCUCGACGCCUCCAUCGAGGACUUUGAGGACUCGCCCCCCGCCCCCGCACUUUUUGCCGACUACCUGGACUUCACUUCCACGUCCACGUCCACGCUGUCGCGCGGCAAGAGCAGCCGGUCCUCGCACCUCAGCACGUCCCCGAGGACGCCGGACUCGGGGCUGCACGCCGCCGACUACUCCCCCGAGCCGAUGGAGCACAUCGCGGAGCACGGCCUCGGCCACGACCUGGGCCUGCUCCGCCUGCGGCACCACAGCCUGCCGGCCCCGGUCCCCAUCCACGCGCCCACGUCGCCCAGCCUGGCGCCCAGCCUGGCGCUGAGCCUGGCCCACACCCGCGGCAUGCCUCACGGCGUGCACGUGGCGGGGCAGGGCUCCAGCCUGGACGCGUGCGGCCUGUGCGCCACCCUGGGGCAGCCGUGGGUCGACAUCUGCCGCGCCAUCCGCGCCAGUAGGACCAAGUGA